UCUGGCGAGUCGAACGCACGCGUCGAUUGCGUUAAUUGAAGAUACUUUCGGUAUUAAUAUUUUUUAAGUGGAUUACGUACGUUGAACCAUUUUGGUUUUGUUUACCUACAAACUGUGGCCUACUGUUCAAACGUUGCGUGAAUUUCAGUUGUUCGAAAGGUGAUCUAAGCAUUUUAUGUGGAAUCUUGUUAAUUAGUGUUAAAUUGGUUUAAUCUCAUGGUAUUAAAUUAAAUUUCGUGAUUUAUGACUUGUUGUUAAAAGUGAGAUGGGUACGGUGAAGAGUAAGUUGGCGUAUUACUGUCCGCCUCGUUGUGGAUGCUGCGGAUUUCAGAGAUCCGAUUCCUAUGACCUUAAAGAUCUCCCACGACCUCCGCAGUUGGAUACAUCUAACAAUGUCAUCGGCGGAACCAGACAGGGCGUCCUCGCAGUGCAAGGUAUCGACUUUUGCGUCGAUACCAAUGGGGAAAAUCAUCAUACGAAUAAAUUUAAUCUCAUGACGAGAGAUGUCGACAAGUGUCUGGUUGUGAGACGAGGUCAGGCCUUCAAAUUGGAUAUUCUGUUAAACCGGCCAUAUGAUGCUAACAGAGAUGCCAUUUCCUUCAUCUUCUAUGUGUCAGAUGUGGAGAAACGUGGCCCUUCCGACGAUACUUCGGCUGCGGUACCCAUGUUGGAGAAAGGGUCGGAGACCUUGGGCGCAUGGAAUGCUGUGUACGAAGGUCAAAUGGAUUCGCAUCUCAUGGUGGCGGUGACCCCGGCUGCAGAUUGUAUUGUUGCAGCUUGGCGUAUAGACGUCGACACCAAAUUGAACGGGGGUGGAUCUCUCAGUUACACUCACCCACUGCCAAUUUACGUUCUAUUCAAUCCUUGGUGUUUGAAUGAUAGCGUUUAUAUGCCAGGUCACAGUCAUCGCGAGGAGUACGUACAAGACGAUGGUGGGCUAAUGUUCAGAGGAGUUUAUAAUAGAAUCAAGCCCACGCCUUGGAAUUAUGCGCAGUACGAGAAGGAUAUAUUGGAAUGCGCGCUAUAUCUAGUCAGAGAGGUUGGAAAGGUGAAAGGUCGAGCGAGAGGCGAUCCUAUCAGAACAGUGCGAGCAUUGUCUGCGGCGGUCAAUGUUCAAGACGACAAUGGUAUCUUGUUUGGAAACUGGGGCACGGAGCUGAGCGACUACAGUGGAGGCACACAUCCUCUUAAAUGGGUCGGAUCUCUGUCCAUCCUACAGAAAUACUACGAAAAGAAGAAGCCGGUGAAGUACGCGCAAUGUUGGGUGUACGCUGGUGUUUUAACUACAAUUUGUAGAGCAUUAGGUAUACCGUGUAGACCAGUCACAGGCUACGACGCGGCACACGACAGUCAGGGUAGUCUGACGAUCGACAUAAUCAAAGAUGAGAAAGGGAACACCCUGGAAGAGUUCACCAGGGACUCCGUAUGGAACUACCACGUUUGGAACGAGGUAUGGAUGGAUCGCCCUGACCUAGGCGCUGAUUAUAGCGGCUGGCAAGCGAUUGAUUCCACGCCGCAGGAGACUUCAGAGGACGUGUAUCGUUGUGGACCUUCAUCCUUGCGAGCAGUGCGUGAUGGUGAUCUGCAGAAACCAUAUGAUGCUUCGUAUGUCUUUGCACAAGUGAACGCUGACAAGGUGCUGUGGAAAUAUUCCGGUGAAAUCCAACCAUUAAAACUUUUAGCACGUGAUACAGUAUCAAUUGGGCAAAAUAUUUCAACGAAAGCAAUUGGCCGUAUGGAACGAGAGGAUAUCACAAAUCUAUAUAAGUACCCCGAACGUACGCGAGAAGAGCGGGACACAAUGGAAAAAGCGCUCCGAAAAUCGGAGAGCAUCUUUGCAAGAUAUUACCUUAAUGACGCCUUCAAUGAAGUAACCUUCGAUUUCGAACUUCGAGAUGAUAUCAAAAUUGGUCAGGACUUUAAUGUGGUUCUGCAUAUAAGGAAUCGUUCAGCAAUAAAUCAGCAUCACGUAAAGGGCGUAUUGCGGGUGGACACUGUGACGUAUACGGGAGUGACGGGCGAUGGAGUCAAGAAGAACGAAUUCGACAAGGUGUUAGCGCCAGAGGCGAAGGAAAAUAUCACGUUGGCUGUCACCUUCGACGACUAUUACAAGAAAUUAGUGGAUCAAGCAUCCUUCAAUAUAGCGUGUUUGGCAACGAUCGUGGAGAGGAACUUCGAUUAUUUCGCACAAGAUGAUUUUAGAGUUCGGAACCCUGACAUCAAGAUUUCUAUUGACGGCAAACCGAUCACACGGCAAGAGUGUACAGUCGUUGUGAAAGUAGAGAAUCCUCUGCCAAUACCGUUGAGGAAUGCCAAGUUUUAUGUACAGGGAACGGGUCUGGAGAAGCAAUUGAAAAUUGAGUUAAAUGAGAAUGUAGCUCCAGGGGCCAUCGCAGAAGCGCAGUUUAAGCUUACGCCACCAUGGGCUGGUAGGUUCCAAAUAUCAGCCAAGUUUACUUCCAAGGAGAUGCAGGAUGUGGACGGCUUCCAUACCUUUAUGGUCAAAACAAUGGAAACAAAUGGCAUCCCAUUAAUAGACGCAGUUGAAACACGUCAAAUUUAAAAUCAUUGGAAUCUUCCAUUGCGAGCUGUAUUUUUGCAAAUAUUUAUAUUUUACCCAUAUUUUAAUUAUACUGUGUGAUUUAAACCUUUUGUACGUAUGUUGUGUUAUUUUGUUUUUUUUUUAGGUAAGUGUUAGGUAAGGUUAUACUUAGUAAAAUAAAAUAAGUAGGUAUUAGAUAUUAUUAUGUAAGUUAUAGUUUAUUUUGAAAUGUCUGUAAUCGAAUGCUAUUUAUACAGAAUACAAUAGCUUUAAUAUUUUACAAUGCAUGGAUAUUUAAAUGAUGUAACUUUGAAAAUAAAAACAAGUGCCUUAUGUUAUUCAAAGUUAAUAAAAGGGGAUAGCUAAAUUGGCAAUGUACAAAUGUGACAAAAUAUAAAUUAUUAAAUUGUUCAAAAGUUAAUGACAGUUGAAAAAAAAAAACUUAUUCUUGAAUAUAGUCAUAAGGUAGGUUCAUCCCCAAUAAUUAGACAAGCGUUGAUUGUGAAUUAAGUUAAAAUUUACGCAUACCCUGCAGUGGACUGGUAACUAAUGAUAAUGAUAAUGAUUAUGACGUAUGUAAACUAGCUUUAACAGAACAAAACAUAACUGCUAAAAUGUAAAUAAGUAUUAUUAAAGUUAUACACCUUA